AUGAAGGUUACUUCCUAUUCUUCUUCUACUUCUUCUUCAAACGGGAGGGAAAGCUCUUGUGUAAGUUUGGAUGAAGUCUCACCAGAAGCAACUAGUUUUCGGCAGUUUCAACAAGUUAUGGAAAUGGUUGUUGCUCUACAAGAAAACAAGUUGACGCCAGACAGAAUAUUGUCUGAUAAGGUUCCUGAAGGUUUCAGCAACUUGGUCGAUUUGCAGUACUUGAAUCUCAGUUCCAAUGGAUUCACUGGUCGGAUUCCGAGUAACUAUGGUUUACUGCAGUCAUUAAUUGUGCUUUCAGUAAGCUUCAAUCGAGUUUCAGGCAUGAUUCCAUCAGAGCUUGGUAGCUGUUCUAAUCUUGAAGUGCUUCAGCUUCGUUCGAAUCAUUUGAGGGGCAAUAUCCUAAGAGAUAUCUCUCGUUAUCUCAUUUGA